AUGGCGGAGCUCCCUACACGACUGGAUGAUCUCUGUCCCACUAUCGAAGAUUUGAUGCGCAUCGGUGGAACUCCAGGGCUUUCACUCGCAGUCAUUUCGAGCGAAAACCCGGUCUACAAGGCAAGCUUUGGUGCCCGAGAUACAGAAGCUGGUCUACCUGUUAGCGAUGAAACAAUCUUUCCUAUUUGUUCGCUGACGAAGGCCUUGACUGCUUCUGCAAUGGCGAUUCUUGUCGACGAGGAUAAACUCAGCUGGGACACACUGGUGAAGGACGUUCUUCCAUCCUUCAAUUCAAGAGACGAGACGAUGCAGAAUCAGUUGACUAUAACUGAUAUCCUAUCUCAUCGAUCAGGCAUGGCCUGGAGCAGUAACCUGGUUAUCGGUACCGAAAAUAACAUUCUCAUUUCAGGAAAAGAUGGACUCCAAUACAUCAAUUCACAGUCGCGCGUUCUUCCGCUCCGGGCAGAAAUGUCCUACAACAAUCUUGCAUAUAACCUUGCAGGUUAUAUCAUCGAGGAAGUAAGUAGUAUCUCAUGGUUUGAGUUUAUCCAAACACGUAUUCUCGAUCCCCUCGGCCUAGAUCGAACCUACCUCAAAUCUCCACCAUCGGGUAUCCAAGAUGUCACACAGUGCUAUAACGCACUCGACGAUGCCUCUACCACCCCGAUUUCUUGCCCCAAGGCAGGCCAAGAUUGGUUUUCCGGACCAAGUGGGGGCGCAUGGUCCUGUGUUCGUGAUCUUUUGAAGUUAUACAAAACCUUCACCGCUAGCUUUGAAGACCAAUUCACCACUGGAAAGGGAGCGAGCGAAGGUUCUCCCUUUAAACAGGUUCCUUAUCUCACUUCCGCUAAAAUUCCAAUGGAUCAACCCUCGAGAAAUGAGCUAUCAUAUGCACUCGGAUGGGGCAGAGCCCAGCUUCCUAACCGGCUAGGUCAGAUCGGAAUCAAUCCCGGCCUGAUGCCUGAUGGGAUGCCUAUUGUUGGGAAAGGCGUACCCUCGCAGCUUAUUCUUUUCCACCAGGGCAGCCUUCCUGGCGCCCUCUCAAUUGUGAUUCUACUUCCGGACACCAAUAAUGUCAUUAUUGUUUUGUCUAACUCAUUAGCUCUGAAUGAUGUUCCUGACUGGGUUGGCCAACUCGUUCUUGAAGAGCUUCUCGAGGUACCGGAAUCCGAGAGAAAUGAUUAUGUUAAGGCAGCCCAUUCCUCGGUCGCUGAGAACUUGAAGUGGUAUCCCGCGUUGGUGGGGGAGCUAGGCUCUGCUCGGAAGAAUGGAACAUCACCUAGAGAACUUGAAGAGUAUAUUGGGACUUACUGGGAUAACAUUCACGUCUUCAAGAUUGUUGUGAAUUUGGAGGACAACAAGCUCUACUGGAGGUUCCAAGGGCUUGAUUCGGAAAAAUUUCCACUUGAACACUAUGAGGAUGACACCUUCACAUGGCUACUUCCACGGAACGAGUUAUCUAGACGUGGCCGCUGGGUAGGCUCGGACCAAGGGCCAGCAUUUUGGAAAGCCGUGUUCCAAUGCAGUGAAGAUGGACGUAUUGACAAGUUGUAUUGGGCACAUGAUAUUGGCGUCCCGCCAGUGGAGUUGACAAAAGAGGAAAGCAACAAGCUAUGA